AUGAAGAAGUAUAGAGACACUGUCCUGGAGUUGCUUAAAGCAUUUGGGGCGUAUCGGAUAGAGCAGGUCCCUCGGGAAGAGAACGCUGAGGCAGACAUCUUGUCGAAGCUUGGUCCCGAUUCCCCGAAUCAUAUUAAGGCAAUGACCCAAGAAGAAGAGUUGCUCGAGCCAAGCAUCAGUCCCGAACAAGUGCUGAUCAUCACACUCAAAGAGGAGCCGGAUUGGAUUGAUGAGAUUACCAUGUACAUCCUUGACGGAUCGCUACCUGCCGACCCAAUCGCGGCAAAGGUGGUGAAGCGACGUGCACCAGCUACACGCUGGAGUGCGGUCGUCUGUACAAGCGGUCGUACAAUGGGAGCCUUCACGAUGUUCAGGAAAGUAACCUUGCAAGGAUACUUCUGGCCAACGAUUAUUAGAGAUUGUGCAGAGUAUGUGCGCAAAUGCAAGGUUUGCCAGGAGUUCCAGAGGGUGCCGGGGCGACCGGCGACAAAUUAUACCCCGAUCAGCAUGGCGAUUCCCUUUGCUCGGUGGGGCAUCGAUCUGGUCGGUAUUUUGCCUCGAGGGACAGGAAACAACACAUAUCUGGUGGUCGCAAUCGACUACUUCACCAAGUGGGUCGAGGCCGCCCCCGUACCUACCAUCACUGCAGAACAGAUGACGAAGUUCGUUUCCAAGCAAAUUUUGUGUCGAUUUGGGGUGCCUCAGCAGAUCAUCACUGACAACGGAACCCAAUUCGAGGCCAGAGGGUUCAAUGAGUUUCUACAGAGUUGGGGCAUAAGUCACAGCUAUGCAGCGGUCGGGUACCCUCAAACCAAUGGACAGGUCGAGAACACCAAUCGCACCAUCAUGGACGGUCUCAAGAAGAAAAUAAUGGAAUGCAAAAGUGCCUGGGUGGAGGAAUUGCCCUACAUCUUGUGGACCUACAGGACUACCCCAAGGAAGGCCACAUGUGAAACUCCUUUCUCGCUCACAUAUGGAUUUGAAGCAAGGGCUCCAGCAAAGACCUCAUUGUUGAGCUAUAGAGUGGAGACGUUUGAUGCACAAGAGAAUGAGGAGAACUUGAGGGCAGAACUGCACCUCGUUGAUGAGCGAAGGGAAAGGGCAUACAUGCGAGCAGAAAAUUACCGCCGACAGGUCAAGUCAUAUCACAACCAGCGGGUACGACCAAGGAAGUUCCAGGUGGGCGACUGGGUCCUUCGGAAAAGGGAAGUCAGCCGACCGACCGAUGGAGGGAAGUUUGCUAAAAGCUUCGAGGGACCAUACAUCAUAAAGGAGGUGUUGGCUGAUGGGACGUUUAGAUUGCAAACUCCAGCCGGCGGCGACGUUCCUCGAGUGUGGAAUGCCGCCAACCUUGUUAAAUUCUAUCAGUAGAUUGUAUCCCAGCUAUGCUUCUAUCUUGAAAUUUAAUAAAACCAGCAUUUUGGCAUAUCUUGCCUUCAAUUCUCGAAAAAAAAAGGGAGCGACCAAAAGAGAUCGCUAAGCCCAAACUGCAUGGUGAUUCGUGUUAAGAUAUCCAGUAGUGGGGGAAGCGUCGAACCCUGACAAGCGACCGAGGUUGAAGACGACGUCGAGGCAUGAGAGCCCAGGAAAGUGGCUAAGUCUGGAACGUAAAGGCCCGUUGG